AGGGGGUGGGGGGGGCCGCGCCGCGCGAGCCGUUGGGCCUGACUCCGAGAAGGCGUCGCCGCUGCCAACACUGCCGCCGUCGCUGCCGCCAGUUAAUAAAUAAGGAGCGGGAACGAGCUCGGCGUGGCGAUGGGCGGGGGUAGAGCCCGGCCGGAGAGGCUGGGCGGCCGCCGGUGACAGACUAUACUGUAUCCGAGGAGCCUCCUGCAUGUCCUGCUGUCCUGAGUCCUCUCAAGCUAGGUGACAGCGUGUUGAUGCUGCCGCCAUGAAUGAGGUGUCUGUCAUCAAAGAAGGCUGGCUCCACAAGCGUGGUGAAUACAUCAAGACCUGGAGGCCCCGGUACUUCCUUCUGAAGAGUGAUGGAUCUUUCAUUGGGUAUAAGGAGAGGCCUGAGGCCCCUGACCAGACCUUACCCCCGCUGAACAAUUUCUCUGUAGCAGAAUGCCAGCUGAUGAAGACUGAGAGGCCACGACCCAACACCUUUGUCAUACGCUGCCUGCAGUGGACCACAGUCAUCGAGAGGACCUUCCACGUAGACUCUCCAGAUGAGAGGGAAGAGUGGAUGCGGGCUAUCCAGAUGGUUGCCAACAGUCUGAAGCAGCGGGGCCCAGGGGAGGACGCCAUGGACUACAAGUGCGGCUCCCCCGGUGACUCUUCCACAUCCGAGAUGAUGGAGGUCGCUGUCAACAAGGCACGGGCCAAAGUGACCAUGAAUGACUUCGAUUAUCUCAAGCUCCUCGGCAAGGGCACCUUUGGCAAAGUCAUUCUAGUUCGAGAGAAGGCCACUGGCCGCUAUUACGCCAUGAAGAUCCUACGGAAGGAGGUCAUCAUUGCAAAGGAUGAAGUCGCUCACACGGUCACGGAGAGCCGGGUCCUGCAGAAUACCAGGCACCCCUUCCUUACAGCCCUGAAGUAUGCCUUCCAGACCCACGACCGCCUGUGCUUUGUGAUGGAGUAUGCCAACGGGGGUGAGCUGUUUUUCCACCUCUCUCGGGAGCGAGUCUUCACAGAGGAUCGGGCACGCUUUUAUGGAGCAGAGAUCGUGUCAGCUCUGGAGUAUUUGCACUCAAGGGAUGUGGUGUACCGUGACAUCAAGCUGGAAAACCUUAUGUUGGACAAAGAUGGUCACAUCAAGAUCACUGACUUUGGCUUGUGCAAAGAAGGCAUCAGUGAUGGGGCCACCAUGAAAACCUUCUGUGGUACCCCGGAGUACUUGGCGCCUGAGGUGCUAGAGGACAACGACUACGGGCGGGCCGUGGACUGGUGGGGGCUGGGCGUGGUCAUGUACGAGAUGAUGUGCGGCCGCCUGCCCUUCUACAACCAGGACCAUGAGCGCCUCUUCGAGCUCAUCCUCAUGGAGGAGAUCCGCUUCCCACGCACACUUGGCCCCGAGGCCAAGUCCCUGCUGGCUGGGCUGCUGAAGAAGGACCCUAAGCAGAGGCUCGGCGGAGGGCCCAGUGAUGCGAAGGAGGUCAUGGAGCACAGGUUCUUCCUCAGCAUCAACUGGCAGGAUGUGGUGCAGAAGAAGCCUCCUCUCCACAGCUCCUGCCACCCUUCAAACCUCAGGUCACUUCAGAAGUGGACACAAGGUACUUCGAUGAUGAGUUCACCGCCCAGUCCAUCACAAUCACACCCCCAGACCGAUACGACAGCCUGGGCCCGCUGGAGCUGGACCAGCGGACGCACUUCCCCCAGUUCUCCUACUCAGCCAGCAUCCGGGAGUGAGCAGCCCUCUGCCGCCACGGGACACAAGCGUGGCCGCCAUCCACUGCAGGGGUGGCUUUUUAAAACAAACUUUAUUUUGCCUUUUGGUUUGUGUGCCCUUCCCUGUGCCCUCAUCCAAUCCAUAUCCAGUUUCUUCUUCAGUUCUUUCUCAGACUUAGCAGUCCUGGCGGCCCUCUCCUCUGGGCUCCCCUCUACUCCAGAUGAGUGCUGGGGACCUCCCCAAGGACAGGCUGUUGGGAGGAUGGAGAGUGAGGUCGUGGGUAGCCACAGGGUCCCCUGGAUUUGGAGGCAAGCCGGUGAGGACACAUCUAGAAGUUCCCUCACCCCCAGCACCCCAGCUGCCUUCUCUGCUGUCGUCUGGGCAGUCCGUCUGCUGCCACCCCACCUGGGGCAGGAAAGCAGUAAUGCCCAGGGACAGGCAGAAGCCUGUGGAAGCUGAGGGAUCUGGGUUUGGUUCCAUGGAAAAUGGAGCCAAGUCCUUGGAUCUUCAUGGGGGGAUCCAGGAGCAGGAGCCGCCUUCCUCUUCCUCCCAAGCUGCUCCCUUGGUUCUCGAUAAAGCAGGAGGAGUUUGGGGGCCGCCCUCCUGCCCACAGCCCAGUGCCUUACUACCAGGGCGGCCUAGGCAGCCGUGCCUCCCGCUGGCCCCUUCGGAUGGCUUGGCCUCUGCCUGGGGCAGAGGGAAGCCAACCUUGGCUGUUACACAUCUCACACCAAGACAGUAUUGGACCCCUUGGACCUGACUGGGGUCUGAGAGGGGACAGAGAUGGGGACAGGUGUCUCUGAUACACAAUGGGGCGGAGUCUGCCUCAUCUCCAGAGCCCUUGUUCUGGAGCCUUAAAGUGAAUGUUUGAGAGUUGUGUCAGUGCUGUGAGUGCAGUGUGCACCCUGACCUAGCAGUGAGCGUCUCAGGUUCCUGGGGUGCUGUGCCCACAGCUGUAUGCAGCACUUGUGUGACUGGGCUCAGGCCGCAACCCCAGCCUGAGUGUUGGAUGCCAUGGGGUGCAGUGAGUGCAGGCAGUGUGCCUGCUGCUCUAGCUGUGUCUCCCUCCUCGAUAGCUCUGGGUGUUUGGAAAUGAGUUCUCCUGGUUUUGCUCUCCCACCACACCCCAGGAUAGGAGGGUUUCAGAAAGGCAGUAGGGUGGGUGGCUGGGGAUGGCUAUAGGGUCAUCUGUUUUUUACUUUCUAUGCGUGUAUGUUUAUCUGAGAGUUUUCUCCAUCCUUACUGGCCUUUCCUUACUCCUCGUAUUUGUACGGUACAAGCAAUAAAGACACUCAUUUUGGACCAGG